CAAGUGUAUAAUGUACAUACAUUUUAGAUUAAAAGGUAAAGUUUUUAUGAACGUAAAUAAUUUUGAUAAAAAAACCUAUUAAUUACUUUAAUUCAACAAAAAAAGCAAUUACUAAAUAAUCAAGAAAAUAACAUUUAGAUCAUUCGACUUGGCAGAAAGAAUUGAUACGCUAAAGACAAGCGAAACAGUAAAAUUAUUGUUUUUACUAAAGUGCAACAUGACAAUUAAUACCAUAUAAAUGUAUGAUUUACCGAUGACAAAUAUAAAUAACAAUAAUAUUGUUGCAAGUAGUUCAACAGUAUUAUCUAUACCAAGUACAAAUUCUGUACAAUUGCAGCAAAGUUUACAACAAUCGGAAAGUGGUUGUAUUAAAGAAGGUUUAAUACGUUGUAUAUUUUUGAGCAAAUUUCAUCCAACCGAAGGUUCAAAAAUAAGUUGUCAAGUUCCAGAAAAUUUUAUAUCUAAGGAAAUAUUUGAUGCGGUCAAUGUAUACAUUAUACCUAAACCUCAGUUACAACGAUGUGUUAUGACAGUUAAUACAUUAGGAGUAAAAAUUUUAGGAUAUCCAGUUAAAAUAGAUAGUCAGAAAUAUGCACGAAAUGCAUUUUAUUUUAAUUUAUGUUUCGUGUGUGAUGCAGUAUCGCGCACCAAUCAGUAUGAACCAGUUGUCAAAAAAUUAUCGGAAUAUCUAAUUAUAAUGGAAGAAGAAUCAGAAUUCCUAUCAAAAAUCGAUGACAAAAUACGCUUACAAAGAUUACUAGAAAAAAUUUUGAACGAUUUAAAUGUAAAUAUGGUAACAACAAUAUUAGAAAGUGAAUACACAAUUAAUUUAAAAAUUGUAAUACCUCCUCCUGAUCCAACAUUAAUUUUGGAUCAAAUGGUACCAUUAUUAAAAACUGAAUAUAAAAGUAUACCAGUCGAUAGCUGGGAUUUAACAACACAACAAAUUUUACCGUAUAUAGAUGGAAAUAAUCAUAUUUCUAGAAUUGCAGCUAGUGCUGAUGUUGAUUUAAAUUUAGUUAAGAAUUGUAUACAAAAUUUAGCUUACUACAGUGUUGUACAAUUAUUACCAAUAUUGAAAUAUAGUAAUGUAUACAUGUGUACACAAAAUUUAAAAAAUUUAUGUAAGAAUACAGCAUUAUAUGCAGCUUGUAAAAAAUAUGUAAGCUUAAAACCAGAUCGAUAUCGGCCAUCGUUGCAAAAAGUAUUUCAGUUUUAUGCUUCAAUGACACAUGGUAUAACACUAAGAUCAAUUUGCCAACGAUUAUCACCCCAACAUAACAACAUUGAUGAAAGAAAAUUAGUUAUAUUUGGGUUACAGCAUAGUUUUAUUAGAUGUAUACACAAGUAUCCUGUAUUUACUGGAACUGUACCAAAUGAUAGGCAGAAAUUUUAUACUGGUAUUUAUAAUUUUGAUGAAAUAUGUUGCAAAUUGGGUUUAUCGCUGUCAAAUAUUGAAAAUGAUAUCGAUUUAGAUACAAAUAUUUCGGUAAUUUGGAAAUAAUCAGUUAUAAAGGAAUAAUAAAGUAAAAUACUGAAAUAAUUGAAUCGUUAAACGAUUUUUAUUCAGUGUAAAAAAUUAUUCAAUUCUUAAAAUGUCACAUACCUCGCAUUUAGAUUUUGUCAGCAAAAAGAGAUUUCAACUUUACAAUAAAAUUGAUAUUAAAUAUAAUAAUCCAAUAAUUCGUAUUGUAAAACAAUUUAAAAGCUGUUCAUUUCAUUACUUUUUAAAUUAAUGAACGAAUCUCAAGCUAAUCCAAUAAAUUUAGGGAAAAUUGAAUUUGAUAUAAAGAGGUUAAUUUUUUUAAGUUAUUUUACAAAACUUAUGAAAGAUAUUACGAAUUUAAAAGCAAUGUAUGUUAAUUACAGUUGUAAAUUUAUAUGAAAUAAUAUAUUUAAUAGUU